UAUUUGGGCAUUUUCCUUUAUCUGCCAAGCCUUCUUUCUUUGAGGUGCUGUCACUGAGACGGGUUCUUCUGUCCUGAGAAGGCCCAGCCAUCGCCACAAUUGGCUGAGGAGCAGGGGCAGUGUCUCCCGCGGUCUCAAGAAUAGGAGGGAAUGUUGACCGGGGAGCACCGCUGCGGCCAAUCUGGGGAGCAGGAACCGGAGCUCAGGCUGGGUCUGAAGGCAGUAGAAUCCAGACCGUGCCUCCGAAGCGGUGGGAAGCGGAAGAUGGACAAACUACAGUCCCAAGGAAAGGGUGGGAAGCCGCUGCGCCCUGUUUACAUUUACAGUCCGGAGUAUGUCAGCGUGUGCGACUCCCUGACCAAGGUUCCCAAGCGGGCCAGUAUGGUCCAUUCUCUGAUUGAAGCAUAUGCACUGCAUAAGCACAUGAGGAUAGUGAAGCCCAAAGUGGCCUCCAUGGAGGAGAUGGCCACCUUCCACACUGAUGCCUACCUACAGCAUCUCCAGAAGAUCAGCCAAGAAGGGGAUGAGGAUCAUCCCGACUCCAUAGAAUAUGGACUAGGUUACGAUUGCCCAGCCACUGAAGGGAUAUUUGAAUUUGCUGCAGCAGUAGGAGGGGCAACAAUCACAGCUGCCCAGUGCCUGAUUGAUGGGAUAUGUAAAGUAGCAAUUAACUGGGCUGGAGGGUGGCAUCAUGCAAAGAAAGAUGAAGCAUCUGGUUUUUGUUAUCUCAAUGAUGCUGUCCUGGGAAUAUUACGAUUGCGACGGAAAUUUGAACGUAUUCUCUAUGUGGAUUUGGAUCUGCACCAUGGAGAUGGUGUAGAAGAUGCCUUCAGUUUCACCUCCAAAGUCAUGACUGUGUCCCUGCACAAAUUCUCUCCAGGAUUUUUCCCAGGUACAGGUGAUGUGUCUGAUGUAGGCUUAGGGAAAGGACGCUACUACAGUGUGAAUGUGCCUAUUCAGGAUGGCAUACAGGACGAGAGGUAUUACCACAUCUGUGAAAGUGUACUAAAGGAGGUAUACCAAGUCUUUAAUCCUACAGCAGUAGUCUUACAGCUAGGAGCAGAUACAAUAGCUGGGGAUCCCAUGUGCUCCUUUAAUAUGACUCCAGUGGGGCUUGGCAAUUGUCUUAAGUAUAUCCUUCAGUGGCAACUGGCAACACUCAUUUUAGGAGGAGGAGGCUAUAACCUUGCCAACACGGCUCGUUGCUGGACAUAUUUGACCGGGGUCAUCCUAGGGAAAACACUAUCCUCUGAGAUCCCAGAUCAUGAGUUUUUCACAGCAUAUGGUCCUGAUUAUGUGCUGGAAAUCACGCCAAGCUGCCGGCCAGACCGCAAUGAGCCCCACCAAAUCCAGAAAAUCCUCAACUACAUCAAAGGCAAUCUGAAGCAUGUGGUCUAAUUGACAAAAAGAGAUCAUAUUUCCAGAGCUGAGAAGCAGUGCCUGUAAUGAAGACAGUGUGUUUAUGUGAGCAGUUUGUGGAAUUUGUGACUGCAGGGGAAGUUUGGAAGAAAUUACUUCCUGAAAAUUUCCAAGUGGUACCAAGUGGCAACUGGCCUCCUGGGGUGAAGAGGCAGGCACCCCAGAGUCCUCAACUAGACCUAGGGGAAGAGGGAGAUAUUCAGCAUUUAAAAGUGUUUAUUUUUUUUUAAAUACACAUUUUUAAUCUCUGGAGAUUAUUUUUGAGUAAGUUGGGGAAGGGGUAUUUUUUAUUUUCUUAAAGGAGACAGACAAAAUGCUGGAGGAUAGUACAGAAUUUGCUGAUCACCAGUUUCUUGGUUGAGAGGCACUGGAUAGGAACAGUUACCAACAGGAACAGUUAUGACAUCAGGAUCAUCCAGGUAGAACCUGGAGGAGGGGGGACCAAUUAUGAGUGGGAGGUAAGGAAGAAGUCCACAGGUGGUGUUUUAGGAUUCUGAAUUUAUGUUGUUUAUUAAUAAAAUAUUUGAAAACUUA